AUGAUUCCGGUCACCUACACCACCGUCUUCACUAUCUACGAUCCCAUCACUUCCGUGAAUGAUUCGCCAACCGUUCAUCCGAAUCACACCGCCACAGUUUCCGGGGACUUCCAAACCGGUGCCAGCACCCCGACUGGUGACGGAACUGCCUCGCAAACCCUUGUCUGGGUUAACUCGACCAGUGGCUUUGUCUCUUCAUCAUUCAUCACUCGGGACAGGGGUCAUUCUACCAACACAUCGGCCUCUUUCGGAACCUUCAAGUCAUCUGUUCCUGAAAAGCCCCCUUCCACUCUUUCAUCGAUAAUCCCAGGGUCUGUUUCCAUCACCGCUGUCGGCUCUUCUACUCCUUCAGCCAAUCCCAUCGCAUCGAGUGCUCUGCCAGGUCAGACAAACUCGGCCGUUGUCACCGGCAACCAGAAGACGCCCGGCCAAGUUUCAUCGACCAGCUCAUCGUCUGCAGGUCCUGCUGUCACGGCAAUCGUUCCCCUCGGUGGCACCAUCACCGUCGAGCCCCUUACGGCGACCACAGCCCAGGCCGAUGGGACUUACAUGACCACCAGCGUCACCUGGCUCUCCAUCGACAUCCCCUCAACGACAACCGUAAGCGGCCAGGCGGUCGCCACCCGAUUCCCCUCCUGGAGAUGCAUCUCGCUGGACAUCUGUAACCCGUCGUGCCUCGUCCCUGACGAGGUCUGUCUGCCCGUUCCAUCUGCCAACCCCAACGGCUACCCCUGGCCCGAGAAGCCUGAAGCGCCGCCUUCCUCCGAGAAUGGUCCUUUUCAGCCGACGCCCUCUUCACAGCUUUCUGCUUCACUGACUCAUCCCGCUGCUGCUCCUACCACUACCAAAGCCGGCCAAGGCGGAGGUGAUGAAGGCGGCGACGAUGGGAAUGACGAUGACGAUGGAGACGGGGAUAACGAUGACGACGACGGAGAUGAUGAUGAUGGUGACGGGGAUGACAGUGAUGAAGGCGAUGGAGACGAUGAUAAUGGAGACGGAAACGAAGAUGAAGACGGUGAUGGAGACGAUGAUGAUGGUGAUGGCGAUGGCUCAGACAACCACGACGACGAUGACGAUGACGACGAUGACUCGUUCCUCCUCGGCUUCAGAAUCGACUUGGGCACCGACAUCCUCGGCCGAGCUCUCCGCGAUGUCUUUGGCUGGGGCAUGAGCAUCGGCUUUGGAACCAACUUACCAUUCGGCGGCAUCGGCGGCAUCGGAGGCGGCGGAGGCGGUGAGACGAAACCUGAAGAACCCAAGAAGUCUCUCACCACGUCGGCAUCGACAUCGUCCAGCUCGACCUCGUCCUGCACCGUCACCUACACCGUCGCCCCUCACUGCACCCAGCCAUGCGUCGUCUCGCAGAUCAAGAGCCUCGGCGCAAACAGCUACACCACCAGCUGCGCGACGGCGACCUGCCGGACCACGCAGCUGUGCACCACCGUCGACAAGACGACGACAACAACGUCCUUCACGACCAAGAAGCUCCAACGCACCGCGGGCUGCAUGCCCAAGAAGUGCCCCGCCUGCCAUCGGGACUCGGACACCCCCGAGGCUGCUCGGGCUCUCUCCAAGGAGCUCGCGGCCCGCCAGACCUUGUGGGACGAUGUCAUUCUCAAAGACGCCCUCACGGCGCCCGAGACGUGGCAGGAGGGCGAGUUCGACUGGUGGGAGAAGAUGCGCCGCGUGGCCAAGUCGUACGGCCCGGGCCUCCACAUCGACAGCAAGUACCACAUGGACUCGUCGUCGUCCUGGACGCCCUUCGGCAACGUGCCUCACGGCGGCGGCGCGGGACCCGUCUGGGGAUGCGCCAUUGUCGUCGCCUUCUCCCCCCAGGGCGUCUACGCCAACCACCUGUGGGAGAUCCCCAACUUCGCAAUCCCCUGGGACGAGGAGCACCUGUUCCACGUCGAGAGGGGCUACAACGAGGACUACUACUUCAAGCAGAACGUCGACAUGUUCCUCCACCAGGGCUCCGUGGCCUUCCCCUUCCAGACCGAGUAUCCGGCCCUCGCGCCCCUGAUCGACCCGGGCGGUCCUCUGCACGCCGACGACUUCCAGUUCUUCCGCACCAUCGUCUUCGUCCCGACUCACGCCGGCGGGGAUAUGUUGUACAAGCGAGCGACCCGGAAGAUGAUCGACAUCCUCUCCGGCAAGAUCAACAUCGACAAGAAGCACAUCACCAUCUACGGGUACCGGCCCCGCGAGGACCUGGGCAAGGACUUCGACUACGACCUCGGCAGGGCGACGCCCCCGCCAAGGCUCCGCGCCUCGAACCCCUGGGACGGCCUCUUCAGCUGGCUGUACACCCCCAAGGGCCCCAGCGGCCAGAGAGAGCUCGUCUUGCGUUACGAGAAGGACAUCAUCCAUCGAGAAGCCUGGUGCGGCGACGGACGCGUCAUCCCGGACGCGCCCCCGUCCAACUUUGAUCUGCGGCCGAAGCCGGGCGAUGACCCUCCUCCUCCUCCUCCCCCUACCAAGAAUGCCGCUCUCCGGCUCCGACAGGAAGAUGCCGCCGUCGCCACCUGCGGAAGGUUCAUCGUCUGCGGUCUCGGCAACCCGGAAGCCCUCUGCGGCGACUACCGCAAGUAUCCGCCCCCAUCCCUCUCGGGUGGCCAUUCGUCGUCGUCGUCGUCGUCGUCGUCGUCGUCAUCGUCGCCCAGGAAGCGCCAGCUCCCGCCCUCCAACGGCCCGUCCAAAGCCGAGAGGGAGCUCUCGACGGACAUCAUGAUCGACCCGGAGGACGGCCUCGGCGGCGAGAUCUGGUGGUGGGACCGCAUGCGCAACGCCGUGGACGAGCGCGGCGCCGGCUUCGGCGGCCACCCGGACCAAGCGGGCCACUGGUCGACGAGCGCCAUGGUCACGCUCGACGAGGAGGUCGACGGCAGCGUCGCCAACCGGCCCCGGUUCGGCGGCGCGGGCCCCGUCUGGGGCUGCACGGCCAUCGUCGUCGCCUCGCCCGAGGCCGUCUGGACGAGCCACGUGUGGGAGCUGCCCUCGCACGCGCGCGGCGAGGCGCACGGCAAGGCGGCCUUCGAGCAGUGGAGCAAGGUCUUCCCGCGGCCGACGCGGGAGUACUUCCAGGAGGAGUUCCUCGACUUCCUCGACCACGGCAACACCAAGGGCAACUUCCGGCAGCUGCACGCCUACAAGUUCCCCGGCCGCAACCCGGGCCUGCGGUACAUGUUCAUGAAGGGCGGCGCCUUCGACCCCGCCGAGCACGAGUUCGUCUGGGUCGGCAUCGUCACGCGCUCCUACAAGAACCUCGACGCGCCCCGCGUGCAGUACGACUGGCAGAUCCAGAUGGUCUACGACAAGUUCGUCGCCUGGGGCGUCGACCCGGACAACAUCCGCGUCAAGGCGUAUCCCGCCCGCCUCGACUUCACCGCCGAAGGGUCGCACAUCAAGCCGCACUGGGGCAUCCUCAGCUGGCAGUACCACCCCCGACACCGGGAGGGGAACCACGAGGAGAAGAAGAUGCGCAUCCGGUUCGAGAAGGAGCUUCUCUUUGAGAAGUCGUGGUGCGGUUCCGGCAAGAAGAUUGCUGUGCCACCCGCGGAAGAGGGAUCACCGCCGCAGCAGCGCAAGCGGCAGCAGAAGGAGAAUGACGCUGAGGAGGAGGAAGAGGAGGAGGCCUGCAAGAUGUUCAUCAGCUCCAAGGAGUCGUCUGCCUCGGCCACGAAAGUCUCGACCGCCGUGCCGGAGCCUACGCAGGCCUGCACCAACGACACCGAGUGUGGCUCGCUCUCCUGUCCCGGCAACCGGAUCAGUGCUUGCUAUCACGAGCUGUGUCACUGCGUCAUCCUCGCGAACCGGAACAACACCGAGAUCCUCACCGGUCCGAUCUACGCCACGCCGACGACAAUCCUGGACGCCUCGCAGACACCCGUGUUUCCCAUCUCGUGGCUUCUUCCGAACCCGACUUCGACUGCGGCGUCUCAAGGAUCGACCAUCACGACUAACAACUUGUCAUUGAACAGCUCGACAAGCACAUACCCGGCCAGCUUCAUGUCUACAGGCUUCUCGUCGACGCCGACAGUCUUCACAAGUACCCUCUCAGCGUCGACAUCAGGCAUCCCGUCCUCCCGCUCGUCCAUGUCCACGCCGACGCUCUCCGCCACGCAACCCGCAAAGUCUCCCGGUGGCGCCUGUACCACCAAGCAGGACUGCUCCGGCCUCAAGUGCGCCGACAACCAGUACCCGGACUGCCGCAUGAAAGACAGUACCGGGCUCGGGUGCCACUGCUUCGACAGGCCGAACAAGAUCCUCGACGUCUGCCACGAGGCCGCCGACUGCGCCAACGUCGCCUGCGAGGCCCGCCACACGCCGACCUGCCGACCCCUCGUCGACUUCGCGGGCGCCACCUCCGUCUGCCUCUGCGACGCCGACCCCGUCCUCCCCGGCGCGGGCUGCCUCGUCGACACCCACUGCGACGGCCUCCCCUGCGACGACGACAACCAGCGCGGCGUCUGCACCUCCAACGCCUGCCGGUGCGGCUUCUUCCUCCCCGAGGGCGCCGGCUGCUCCACGCACGACGACUGCGCCGCCGUCCGCUGCUCCGAGGCCGAGCCCUUCAAGUCGUGCUCCCCACCCCCCGGGAACGCCUGCGCCUGCUCCGCCUCGCGCCCGCCGCCGCGCCGCGCCGAGGGCGACGCCUGCUCCGCCCACGACCAGUGCGCCACCAUCGGCUGCACCGAGCUUGAGGUCAGCGUGUGCGAGGUCGACCGGUGCCGCUGCCGCGCCUUCGCGUGCCGCGCCCACACGGACUGCGCGUCGGCGCCGGCCUGCGCCGCCGCCGAGAACCUGCGCUGCGAGGCCGGCCGGUGCGUCUGCCGGCCCUGCACGGACAAGUUCAAGAUCCUGGGCUGCGGCUCGGACGAGGACUGUAACCACUGCUGCGCGCGCGGUGGGCUGCCCACCUGUGUGUACGGCUGCCAGGCCUUCUGGUGCGGCAAGGAGUGCCAGUGCGAGCCCUGGUAG